AUGCCUCAGAGUAGAGCCAAUGGCUUCGGGCGCAACACAGAGACAGCGCGUCCCAUGACCUCCAACCGGGCAGCUGGUUACACUGCUGCCGGCAAAGCGGGGGGCGGCAAGGUGUUCGAUCCUCUAAAUCAGGGGGACAAGGGCGCCGCCAAGCCGCUGGAAAAGAAGACCGAGCUGUCUCCAGAGGAAAAGCUCCGGGAAAUGGAGAAGGAGAUUCACCGGUUGGUCGAAGAGAGCGCGAUAACCCGAGAACGUGGGAAUCUGCGUGAAGCAUUAGAGAAAGGAAAGGAGGCGGGCAAGAAGGAGAGGCAACUCUGUAGAUUACGCGAGCAGCAAAACUUGCUGGACCAGCUGAAUGUAGACCUCACCUACGCCGUUUGCCUGAACCUGGCCAUCCAGCACCAGGCGAAUGACAACGACAACGAGGCGUUGACAAUCUACACGCAGAUCGUCAAGAACAAGCAGUAUCCGUUCAGCGGUCGAUUUCGUGUGAACAUGGGCAACAUCUACUUCAAGCAGGAGAAGUGGACAGCUGCCAUCAAGAUGUACCGAAUGGCGCUAGACCAGAUUCCGAACAAUGUGCAGGCCAUCCGCUUCAAGAUCAUGCGAAACAUCGGCCACGCCUUCUUCAAGAUGCACCAGUUUCCGGAUGCCAUCGACUCGUAUGAGAACUUGCUGAUGCACGGCGCGCAGCACUUGGACUUCAUGACGGGUUUCAACUUGAUCCUCUGCUACUACGCUCUUGGUGACAAGGACAAGAUGAAGAGUGGCUUUCUGAAACUGCUGAACAUUGAGCAAGUCGGCCUGGAGGACUUCGACGAAGAGGAGGAGAUCGAGCUUGGUCAAACCGAGCAGCAGAAGCAGGAGAGCGCCACUCGGAACCUCACCGAGGGCGACGAUGCGCUGCGUGAGGACAUCAAGCGACGCCAGAGGGAGGCAGCCAGGUUCAUCGUCAACGCCGCCAACCUCAUCGCUCCAGUCAUCGAGAAGACGGAAGUUGCAGGCUUCGACUGGGUCAUCGACUCACUGAACCACCAUGGCUUCCCCCGGAUCGGUUCGGAGCUGGAGAUUGCCAAGUCUUGCUUCUUCCUGCGGCGCAAGGAGUUUGAUCAGGCCAUUCAGGUGCUGAAAAAGUUCGAGCGGAAGGAGCCCUCACUGAUGGCGUGUGCUGCAACGAAUCUGUCCUUCCUCUACUUCCUGGAGGCGGAGCACACACAAGCAGAGAAGUACGCAGAUAUCGCGGUGAAGGCAGACCGCUACAACGCUCGAGCCCUCGUGAACAAGGGCAACUGCAUGUUCAUGAAUGACGAGUUCGAGCGAGCAAAGGAGGUUUAUCUUGAGGCCAUCGGGGUAAGCGCAGAUUGCCUGGAGGCCAUCUACAACUUGGGCUUGGUCAAUAUGCAUAUUGGCAAGUACCAAGAGGCCCUCCUGGCCUUCGACAAGCUGCACUCGAUCACUCACGUGAACUGUGAGGUGAUGUGGCAGUUGGGUGACAUCCACGAGAAGCUUGGGAACCACGCCAAGGCUCACGAGUGGUUCUCACUCCUGGUCACAUCUCCGAAGGGCCGGCCAACGGAUCCAGGCGUCCUGGCACGUCUCGCCAACCUCUUCAACAAAGCGGGUGACGAGACACAGGCGUUUCACUACCACCUGGAGUCUUACAGAUACUGGCCGGUCGACAUGAAUGUCAUCACCUGGCUUGGCAUCUACUACGUCAAGCAGGAGAUGUACGAGGCAGCAAUCCCCUUCUUCUCCAGGGCAUCGCAGAUUGAGCCCAACGAGGUGAAGUGGAGGCUCAUGGUGGCGUCUUGCUACAGACGGAUGGGUGCCUAUCCAGCUGCCCUGAAGCUCUAUGAGGAUAUCCACAGGUCGCACCCGAACGACAUCGAGUGCGUCAGGUACCUCAUAACCAUUUGCAAGGAAAUGAAACAAAAGUACGACCACUACGCAGCUCACCUUCGGAAACUGGAGAGACUGCAGGCGGCGAACGAGCAGCCGGGUCGGAACAUGGGGACCGUCUCUGCAAUCGGCCAGGGAGGCCGCGAAGCUUCAGAUGACACCAUGUAA